UAUUUUCUUUUUUCAAUGUACAGACUCCCUUUAAUAAGUGUUGCACUGGUUCAAGGUCAUGCAUUGGGUGGAGGAGCAGAAGUUACCACAGCCUGUGAUUUCAGAUUAAUGACUAAAGGCAGUGAAAUCAGAUUUGUCCACAAGGAGAUGGGUAUAGUACCGAGCUGGGGUGGUGCCACCCGGCUGGUUGAAAUAAUCAGCAGUAGACAAGCUCUUAAAGUGUUAAGUGGAGCCAUCAAACUGGAUUCAGAAAAAGCUUUGAACAUAGGAAUGGUUGAAGAAGUUCUACAGUCUUCAGAGGAAAGUAAAUCUCUAGAAGAGGCUCAGGAGUGGCUAAAGCAGUUUAUCAAUGGACCCCCAGAAGUAAUUAGAGCUUUGAAAAAAUCUGUUUCUUCAGGAAAGCAGCUUUGUUUUGAGGAAGCAUUACAGAACGAAAGAGAUCUUGUAGGAACAGUUUGGGGUGGACCUGCAAAUUUAGAGGCUAUUGCUAGGAAAGGAAAAUUCAAAUAGUUUCUGAAAAUGAUGUAUAAAUAAAACCCCAGUGAUUAAAAAAAAAAUUGCGGGAGUC